AUUGCAUUCGUACGUCACACUGCCAUAGUUGUUUAUCAAUCUCUAGUGCAUAAUUCUAUGGAUUUAUAACUAAUAUCUUAUCAAAUGUGCAUGAAAGUUAGUUGAUUAUAAAUAAUGUCGGAUCAAAUAGAUACUUACUGUCGCCUUUGUGCAGAAACAACACCAAUAACACAGCUAAUAACGGCAGAGGACGAUGUCGCCGUGAGCUCCAAAGUUCUAACAAAAAUGCAAUGGAUAAACAUAGAUAUUACUUCUACUGUCCUUCCAACUACAAUCUGUUUCUCAUGUUUCGAUUUAUUAGAGAGAACCUGGGCGUUUCUACACAACGCACGCACCGCGCAAGUGAAACUAACGUCCAUUUUUGUGAAGAAAACAGUUGACGAUCAAAGCGCAUCAAAUUCUCAAAAGAAGAAAUCGCGAGAGAACGUUCCCGUUAUAAAACCUGUGGACAAGGAUUGGGACGACUUUCAGACGACAAAACAUGAGGUUAAAGUAGAAAAUAGUGACCAGCUGGAGCAUAUAACAACUGUAGACGCCAGUACGCUCCUUCAAAUAGAUUUUCAAGUUAAGUCCGAGCAGCUAAGCGAUAAUGAUCAUUACGACAAUUCAAUCGACACCGAAGGCUUCUCCACUGACAGCGAUGCUCCAUUGGUUGAGAAAAAGAAGAAGUCUAAACGCAAAAAGAGUGAUUAUGGACUGAACGACUUGGGAGUGUCACUAACUUGGGAAGAAUACAUGUGCCGCUGCGCUCAGUGUGAUGCGCAGUGUAAGAAUAUGGAAUCCUUGCAACUCCACUCCUUGCAAAUACAUUCUUGUUGUUGUGUUUUCAAAUGCUUGGACUGCGAUAAAGUAAUCACGAGUUACAGAUCCUUUAUAAACCAUGUCCGAACUCAUAACAAAAGUCUGAGACGGUGUUGCGAAUAUUGCAACAAGCGCUUUUCAUCGUCAUCCUGCCUUAAAAAACAUGUCUCUAACGCUCACCGAAAGUCGUACUUAACAACAUGUUCUAACUGCGGAAGCAAUUUUGAAACCCCGGAACAAUUACAAGACCACAUCUUAAUUUUUUCAAGAAGUCAAAAGAAGCAUCGGAAACAGGAUACGCUGGAUUCGGAUUUGAAAUGUGAGCAUUGUCAUAAAGAGUUUAAAUCUAGAAGUAAUUUGCAGCAACAUAAACUAGUACACAUGGAACGGAAUAGGGAAUUCGCUUGUCAUAUCUGUGGCAAAAUGUUCUUCACUAAAGGUACGCUUAGCACUCAUAUGAAUACACAUGAAGACUCAAAGCCGCAUAAGUGUGAGUUUUGUCCGUUAGCUUUCCGAGCCCGUGGCAAUUUAAUAUCUCACAUCAGUCUUCAUUCCGGGGCGAAACCGUUUGUCUGCGAGCAAUGUGGAAAAAGUUUCCGAGUGAAACGGCAUCUGAAAUCACAUUCCAUAGUCCAUACAGAUUUGAUGCCGUACGUGUGUGAAUAUUGCAAUAAGCAAUUCCGCUUCAAGACUCGCUUGAAUCUCCAUUUAAGACAACAUACGGGAGCCAAGCCGUACACAUGUAUAUUCUGUCAACGAGACUUUACAAAUGGAUCGAAUUAUAAGAAGCAUAUGAAACGUAGGCACAAUAUUGACACAUCGAAGAAGAAGUUUAAUGCUGGUAAGGACGAGAUGGAUAAUCAGGCAACUAUACAAGCUGUGCACGCCACAGUCCAGGCAACGAUACAAGCUAUUCAAGCAACGCAAGCUUGAGUAUUUCCUAUAGAAUCGUAGCAUACAAGCUAGUGGUAGGCCGCAAAAAUAUAUGACACACUCUUAUGGCUCUACAAAUAAGAUUUGUGUCAGAUAUUUUUUCGGCCUUCGUUGUGUAACAUAUUAUUGCAGGUGACUGUAUAGUCAAAUAUAAUGUUAUAUUUAAGGUGAUACAUACCUCACCUUAAAUUAGAUUGAUGGAUUGGAGGACUAUGAUUAUGAUUAAGUAAUCUUAAUUAAAAUGAAUCUAGAGUUAGUAUUAUGUUUCGUUAUGUUUUCGUUAUAUAUUUUAGUCGACAUCAAACAGUGACAGCCAAAAUACUGAUGUAGUGCAUAAUUGUUUUCCAUCGUAUUUUCUCGGAAACGCUCGUAUUUGUCAUGCUACUUCAAUCAACCUCAGUACUUUUUGUACCGAGACUGUAAUAGCAAGACACGUACGCACGUUUCCGUGAAAAUACGAAGGAAAAUAAUUAUGCACUAUGUAGACAAAUAUUUCGCAAACGCGUCGGUGUAGACAGCGCUAUGGAAAAUGGCGUCACUGCGCAGUUGCUCCAACGUUGCGUCGAGCAGCAGCCACAGAGUUAACUACACGGCGACGCUCAAAAGACGCUUGCGUGGGGUGUCCCUUAUUCCUAUGAUAACAUAGGUGUCCUGCAUUGCAAUAUAUUUGAUCACUAUGGGUUUGACUGUAUAUAUUUGAUGCUGACCGUACCUAUUAUAGAAUUUGUACAAUUCAAAUUCAAUUAGAAUUAAACUGUAAAUAAUAUGUUAGUAUUUAUUAUACGCAACACUGUAAAGUAGAAAAAUAAAGCAAUAUUUUUAAUACC